GUUCGCUGUUACGCUCGCUACCCGUGGGGACCCUUCACCAAGAAGAAACACAGACAGAAUCCAUAAAAUCGAGAUCCAAACCCCAGUCCCGUCCACCCCCGUCCCCCGUCCCCCGUCCCCCAGCCUCCAGACCGAGACAGCAGCUCUCAGCUCUCAGCUCUCAGCUCCCCGUAGUAGUAUUUCGCAAAAAAGACUCUCGAUACCCCAUUAUUACGCGAAGAAAAAGAAGCUUAGACAAACACACAACGAAACUGAACGACUGUAACGAAUGAACGACACCCCCUACCAAUUGCCAGCAACAUUAACGACGACGCAUACACAUCGCCCACCGCAAAUGAAUGGCCCGUAACGAAACACAUCACUUCCUAUACCCAAGCGGUCAACAAUGAUUCCGCGAGACCAACGCCGCCGGAGCCCCGAGAGGGAGCGCCGCCGACGCGCUGACCGCCGCCAGUCCAGAGAACAGCUUGCCGCUGCCGCCCUCGCCGCCGCCGCCGUCGGCCAAACUGCUGCCAAAACUGCCGGCCCCUCCUCCACCCACCGAUCCCGCGCCAACUCCAGCACUUCGUCUUCCGCCGUCACCUCCUCCGACGAGGACAGCGCCCCCAAAAACACGGGAUGGGGCUUCCGCUCCUUCUUUUCCUUGGCAUCCUCCAAAAAAGUGCGGAAGCGCCGAUCUUUUCGCAAGAAGAACUACUCCUCGUCCUCCAUCGACAGCAACCUGGCCUAUGGCGGGUACCAGUCCAGGUCGUCCCUCGAGUCGCAAAGAGGCGCCAGGAGAAGGAGCGGGCCGCAGAGGAAGAUUAGCCAGACCUAUUCCCAACACUCCCACCACGACAAGGAGUAUCAACAACACAACCAGGAUCAGUACAGGGAUCAUCCACAGUACGAGCAACCUCAGCACGAAUACCAGCGCCCAGAAUAUGUGCCCCAGGAUCAGUAUGCGCACUCGGACCAGACCACACCACGACCAGGGCAACCCACACAGCACCCACAUGCGCAGCCCGAGCCAUAUUAUCGACACCAGCAUCAGCAAUACCAUCAGCAGCAACCCCAUGCUUAUCAACACCCUGCGCAGCCCUACCAUGGCCAGCCCGAAUAUGAUCCAGAGCUCUUUACGCCCGAUGGCCGACCCAACUUGGCGCGAACAACGACCGACGAGGAGAUUAUCGAACUUGGGCGCAAGAUCUCUGACCUUGCUAGGGCUUCCAACCUCCGUGAUCUGGAAAGGGCGGGCAAGCAACGUCCAUCCCAGCUGGUAGGUGCCGCAACCGCCAUCUCCAACUUCCGUCGCCAGAAUCCGAGGAGGAAUGGACGCCGCGGUCUUGCUCCUUCCAAGUCCUCCAAGCGCGAUGAGCAAAGUGAUGAUGAUCAGGGCUGGGAUACGGCUUCAGACUCGGACUCGGACUCGGACUCGGGUGACAACGCGGAAGAGGCCAGCGCUAGUGACUCUGACCUUGCCUAUGGUUCAUCACCUCAAUACUCGGACGAGAAGCUGUCUUCUUCCCCGGCCCCGGCUCCCGCGCCGCCACCACCGACCAUCAGCCCCCAGAAACCCUAUAUCAGGAACAAGGCCAUCGAUCCCUCCAAGUUUGGUCCCGUCAACUCCUUGCACGGUCUUGUGACUCCCCUGAAUGGGUUUCGACCGACUGAAGAUGUGCUUCCACCCCGUCAGUCGAAGCCCUGGCUUAGCAGAUUCGAGAACGAUCCUCUUCCGGAUUACCCGACCCCGACAGACGAACUCGAUACACCGACGCAGAUGCACUACCCGAUCGCUACCCCGGAUCUCCGCAGGUUCGAUGCUGUCACCAGUCCAACUCUGGUAUCCGGCUCACCUCUGAUCACGUCACGACCCGUUACUGUUGCUAUCCAGGCCCCCAAGCCCCGUGUUCCGGUCUCGACUCGCGCUCUGGAAGAACACCCCAUGCCGCGCCAGAGAUCCGCCGAUGGUAGGCUUAUGACGGCCGACUCUGCCUUGGCCAAGUCCAUGGGGAAUGCAGCUGGUAAACAUGAAGUAAUCCGAGAUGAUACGCCACCUUCCAACUACCGACAACAUCGCUCGCGUGCUCAGAGCAAUGUAUCCGCUCAUCCAUCUCAUACUUCUCACCACUCUCACGCCCUGUCGCAUACUUCUCGUACUUCCCACACCUCUCAGGUCCCCGUCCAUGUCCAAGUACCGCUUCCUACGACCCAUGACCUCGAGUUCGACGAUUGGCACGACUUUGAAGACCGCAACACCCGCCUAGCCUCCGAUGUCCCCCAGUUUACCGAUCCAGCUGCUGCCGGCGUCGCCGCAACCCUCAUUGGAACUGCCCUUUUCCAGGACCGAUACCGACGAGAUGACGAGGAGGAUCGCAACCUGGACCCCAACCAUGUUCUGGCCGAGUACAAGCAACGUGUACAGCAGGAGGAAGAGCAGCGCCGGAAAGCCGAGGAGGCUGAGAAGGAGCGUCUUGAAAAGGAACGCCAAGAGCGGGAGGCCCGUGCUGCCGCCGCCAUCAAGCGGGAACGUGAAGCGCGCGAGGCCCAGGAGGCUGCUGAGCGGGAGGCUCGCGAGAAGAAGGAGGCAGAGGAGCGUGCCGCUGCUGUUGCUCUUGAACUUGCCGCGCAGAGGCAGCGCGAAGAGCGGGAAGCGCGUGAGGCCCUUGAGAAGAUGGAGAGGGAGGCUGAGGAACGCGCUGCUGCUGCCGCUGCCGCUCAACAGGAACUUGAAGCUCUUGAAAAGGCUCGCCGCGAAGCUCACGAACGCGAAGUUCAGGAGGCCAUUGAGAAGGUCCGCCGCGAAGCUCAGGAACGCGAAGUUCAGGAAGCCAUUGACAAGGCCCGCCGUGAAGCGUUGGAACGCGACGCAGCUGCGGCUGAGCGGGAGCGUCAAGAGCGCGAGCACCUCGAGAAAGUCCGUCGUGAGGCGGAGGAUCUCGCUAUUGCUGCCCGACGAGAGCUUGAGACUCGUGAAACUGCGCUUGAGGCUGUCGCCAAGGAAGCUAGGCGCCUCCGUGACGAAGCCGAUUACCGUGAGCAGUACGAACGUCGUGUCCGAGAGGCUCGUGAAAUGCAGUACAAGGAGGAGCGCCGGAUGUAUGAUGCUCGAUAUCGCGCUGAUCGGGAGAACAUGAUUAUCGAUGUUGAGCCUAGGCGCCGCAGCACUAGCCGGCAGACGAGGGAUGAGUCGCCGGAGGAAAAGCGCUCCAACGCAGGUAAGGAGACGGAAAGAGAGGAGCAUCACCGUCCCAAGCGUGAACCUGUUACCAUCAUCAACGAGCGCGACGUUCCGAAAGACGAGCCCAAGCCCAAGGUCGAAGAGCCCACCCGAUCAGUCUCGGAGAAGAAGCGAGAGAGUAUGGGCGAUACUCUGGACCCGAAGCCCAAGAAGCCUAGCAAGGAGGAGAGACGUGCUAAGCGCGCCGAGACCCUCCGACUUCUCGCCGAAAUGCAAAAGGAACUCGAGCUCGAAAAGGAACGGGCAAGGAAGUUGGCCGAGCUUGAAGCCGCUGAGCAACGGCAAGAGAAGCCCAAGGACGAGGAACCACGCAAGUCCAGCCAACCGGCUGUGCUAGAGCCUUCGAAAUCCCCCAAGGACCAGGUUCCGGAUGAUGCUUUCGCUACGCCGGUUCUUGCUACCCCGGCUAGGCCACUAACUCCCCAGGUCUACACGGUUCCCGAGCCUGAUUUCUCGCCUCCCAAGCGCCGUCAACUAACCCGUGCACUAACCGACGCGGAACUUGAAAUUCGUGAGAGGGUAACUCGUCGUGACUCGUUCGAGAUCCAGCAGCGUCAAGAAGAGAUCCGUAGGAGCAGGAACGCAUCGGAGCAGCCAACCACCAAAGAUGCCGACAAAGCGACCAUUCCCGAGACCGACAAGGAGACGUUGAUUGCAGAGGAACCUGAACGUGAGCGGAGCCGAAGCCAUAACCGUGCGGGAAGCCGUGUUCGCGAAUCCGAGCCACUACGUGACGCGACCGAAGAGCCCGAGCGUGCUCGUAGCUGGAGCCGUCAAUAUAGUUACGUUCGCGAAGCGGAACCAACGCCAGAUCCGCAGACUGAAGCCAACAAGUGGUAUCGUGACUAUGUUUCCAGCCGGCGGGAGGAACGCUUGCGCAGCAGCUCGCCUGCCCGAUCAGUCGUGGAUAAGUAUGACGAUUCAGUGUUUGGACCGCCGACACCUGUCAUUGUCACAGCGGAACCAACGAUCAUCACGGCCGAACCUAGCUGGGCCACAGCUGAUCCUGCCGAUGAUGGAAAACCCAAGAAGGGCAAGUACGCCGAGCCCGAUGCCGAUGUGAGAAUCGAUCAUGUCAUAUUGCCACGAGACCUGCACAGGUUCCUCAGGCCGGCGGAGGAUCAUUCCAGCCUUCAUGCGCCCACGGGUCAGCCGAUGUUUAGUUCGAGAGAUCCAUCGUGUGAGAGGGAGAGGCCCUUGCUGAAUCUAGUGCUACCCACGCCGGCACCCACUCCCACUCCUGAACGCGAACGUAGAGAGCGCGCAAGACAAGCUGUCCGCGAGUCCGAGGUGGAGCAUGAGGAAUCCAGGCUAGCUCCCGUUGCUGUCGACGAAUCGAAGAAGCCAAACUACAUCCUCAACGCCCGCGGUGAAAUCGAAAUCAUCGCCCCGACCCCCAAGGAUGAAGACACGGAGUCCGUCAAGUCAGAUGGGUGGGUGGAGCCCGUUGCUGAUACCGGGUUGACGCACGUUGUUGUGGACAGGUCGAGGCAAGCGGCCGUGGAAGCGAUCAAGCGCGCCCUACAGCCUAAGAAGGAAAGAAAGGCGAGCAUUGCUUGGGGAACGCUUGCUGGUGCGGUGCUUCAGAAGGUCGCUGAGGAUAGGAAAGCCGCCGCCGAGCAGAAGGCUGAGGUCCCGGCUGCGGAGGAGAAGAGCCUUGCUCCUGAAGUUGAGGAAAAGGUUGAGGUUCUUCCAGCUCCGGUUGUUGAAGAGAAGCAGCCUGAAGAGCAGAAACCGCGGGAGGCCGAGCCCGAGACAAAGCCGGCUGACGUUGCUGCACCAACAAAGACCGAGGUGCAGCCGGACGUUGAGCUACCCCGCCAAUCCCCGCAUCCCGAUCCGGAGCCGCACCUGGAGCCGCACCAUGAGGCGACUCCAGUUCCCGCCAUUACCAUUGACGAACCCGAGGGCCCGAAGGCGACUGAAGAGCCCAAGUAUGAAGAGGCUAAAGAGGAGCUCAAGGAGGAGGAGGAGCAGAGUGCGCUUCCCGAGGGAGAAUCCCAUGAAGAGAAGCAAAAUGAGGCCACGCGUCAGAUCCUCGAUGAAUCCGCAAGUAGCCCCAUUAAACCCAAGCGCAAGCUCCCGAAAAGUCUCGCAGAACCAUCAAUCUUCUCUCCUUACCGUCCCACCUUCUCCGACAACUUCGCCGAUGUGGUUUGCGGCGAACACCCCAACCCCGAGCCUCAUGCCGAUACCUACACUUGGCGCCGUGAGGCCAUGGCAACUCAGUCCUCCAUAGGCGACGAGUGGGAGUCCAUUCUGCGCAAAGCGGAAAUUGGUGAGGACGAAACCACGACGAACCCAACGGGGACAUUCAACCCGGACAACAGAGAGCCGCCAGAUCGGUUGGGAAAGGAGUUUUCGUUCGAGGUUGUGGAGCGUGAGAACUCCCAGACCAAUCCCUCGGAUGAAAAUGCGAGGGAAAGCGAGAAGGCUAGUACCGAGCAAAAUGGUGUUGCGGACCGCCGACCCAGCAAUGAGUUCAUCGAGUUCUUGAAAAAUCAGACCAAUAACUCGACAUCGGACCGCAAGCAUGAUCAUCACAUUAUUGCCACCACCGAGAUGAAGGGCAACGGCGAGGAUGAGUAUUUUUUAGGUAAUGCCGGCACCCAUGGCGCAGGUGCCGGCUCGGCAGAGGAUUCUGAGGCUGCGACCGCUUCUGACAGCAAAGACGCGGAGGCCCAGAGUCUCCCUCGCCCAAAUGCCACCCAGGCCUCCAUGGAUAGUACCCCCGUCGCUGAGUAUAAGAAGGAGGAGGAUGAGGAGGAAAAAUUAUACGGCAGCAACGCCGGUUCGGACAGUGCCCCCGAGCCGACCCAGCUGCAACACACGGAUUCUCGGUUUAUCGACCCUGAAGUCCUUGUCCACAGACCAUUCACCCCAGCCAUCGACCCUCAAUAUGGCGAUCUUCUUCCUUUGCCUCCUUACCCUACUCUCACGGGACCUGGGUACCGCUACCUUGCAGACUUGCCCUCGCCGCUUGACUUUGAUCUCGAACAGCUUCCAGCACUGCCGGAAAGCAGACCCUCUACGCCACCACCUACGUCUAGCUCUUCAGGCACUGCAUUCAAGGCCGCCGUAGCAGCAAUGAUGGGCACCCAAUCCCUGAUCAGGAGACAGAGGGGUCACACUCGCAGCCGUAGUGCACUGGAUGGGACUGCCCCAGUGAGAGUACCAAGCCAGACCGCCGUCCCUAUCCAGUUCCGUCUAAUGGGGAAGAAGAGGGCAGGGUCAGUGCACUCACUUCCACCUUCUGAAGCCUGGGGGCAGUCACCCGCUUCAAGGCCAUCCAGUGCCCAUGGUGACGCCGCUGCUGCUUCCGAGGGGAAAUUCCCGGUCAGGAGCAGCAGGCCAAGACCGACCAGUUGGGAGGGUUCGAUGAGGGAGAUCAAGCCUUUGUAUCUUGUUGAGCGAAACGCUGCUACUGCUACUGCUGCUUCUGUGUUGGCGCCGGUUGUUGAUACCGAGGAGGCUCUACCUCCCCCGGAGAGCUUUGAGCUGCCGGAGGAUGAUGAUUUGGAUUUGCUGCCUGCUUUGCCGGACAGUGCGCCUGAGAGUGAUGCUGGCUCGCCUGUUGUUGCGCCCCAAAUGGAGAGUCUUGAAAAGGAUGUGCCAAGUGAAGCAGUUCUUCCUGCUCUGGAAGAUACUUUCACGCCCGAGACUGUCAGACUUCCGGUUGAUGAGGACUUGGAUCUCCUCCCGGCCCUUCCUGAGAGUGAUGCUGGUUCACCUAUCGUCACCCCCGUAAAUUUGUCAACUGAUCUACCCGUUGAUGAGGAUCUCAAGCAUGCCGAAAUCCCCAGCCCGGCUUCUACUGAGAAGGCUCUUCCUGCUCCUGAGACUGUCGAACUCCCGGUUGAUAAAGAUCUGGAUCUGUUGCCGGCUUUGCCUGAGUCGCCGACAAUCGAGUCUGCUGUGCCUGUUUCCUUGCCGGCAGUUGCUCCAGAGGUUGUUGAGGAGGUUCCGGCUGCUGAGAUUCCUCAGGUGGUUGAGGCUCCCAAGGAGUUUGAGAUCCCAGCUCCUGAGACUGUCGAGCUCCCAGUUGAUGAAGACCUGGAUCUCCUUCCAGCGCUACCGGAGAGUGGCCUUUCUUCGCCUACUCUUCGUGAGCCUGCCUCACCUGUUUCCGUUGGUGAGGACGACGCUCUCUCAACUCCCGCCGAGGACGUUCUCCCUGUCCCAAGGAGUGUCAACCUUCCAGAGGACAUUAAGCUUCCCGCUGAUGAGGAAUUGGACCUCCUUCCGGCGUUGCCUGAUAGCGUCGCUUCGUCCCCUACUACUGACACUGUGCCCGUCUCUUUGCCGAUCUCGGCUUCAGAUGUUGCUAAGGACACGGAGGAGAUGCCGAAGGCCGUUAUUGGAGUACCAACUACUGUGGCUCCGGAAGUCUUGGCUCCGGAGGCUGUUAGACUUCCUGUCGAUGAGGAUCUUGAUCUUCUGCCUGCCCUUCCGGACAGUCUUGCUACUUCCCCAACAACCGAGAUUAUGCCAUCCCUGCCUUUCGUGGAGGAAGUAGUUGAGGAGACGUCGAAGGUCGUUGAGCGUGAGGUUUCAGUUCCGGAAAACAUCAAGCUACCGGUCGAUGAAGAUCUUGAUCUCCUCCCGGCUCUACCAGACAGCGUCGCUACCUCUCCAACAACCGAGACCACCCCAUCCUUGCCUAUCUUGGCCUCCGAAGAAGCUACACAUGCGCCGAAGGAAAUCGAAGUUGCUCCCGAAACUAUCACACUCCCAGCUGACGAGGAUCUCGAUCUCUUGCCCGCGCUCCCUGCAAGUGGCAAUACUUCUCCGGAGAGAAGCACUUCGCCCGUCCUCCUCGAGAAGGCCGCCUCGCCUGUCAUUAUUCCUGAGCCUGAGACAGUAGCGCUUCCGGUUGAUGAGGACUUGGACCUGCUUCCUGCGCUGCCUGAGAGUGGCCCUGCCUCACCCACGAAGGAACAUGCUUCUCUCGCUACCUCGCCUGUCGUUGCUCCUGCUACUGAGAAGGAGGUCGAUACUGAGGUUGAGCUUGUUUCGGAAGUAAGCCGUGGGUUGGAGGUGCCUGAGCCGGAGACUAUCUCAUUGCCGGUUGAUGAAGACUUGGAUCUCCUUCCUGCUCUUCCUGAGAGCGGGCCUGCUUCGCCUACGAAGGAACAUGCUUCGCUUGCUACUUCUCCUGUCGCUGCCCCUACGCUUCUCGAGGAGAUCGAGGCUGAAGUCGAACUCGUUCCCGCGGUCGAUGACGAGAUCGUUAAAGAACUGGUGUCUAUGCCUAAGCCUAAGCCGGAGACUGUCUCAUUGCCCGUGGACGAAGACUUGGACCUCCUGCCUGCUCUUCCUGAGAGCGGGCCUGCUUCGCCAGCAUUGGAGCAUGUCGCCCGAUCCGCUUCCCCAGCGGUGCCUGUGCUCGAAAAGGAGACUAUUCCCGAGGCAAGGUCGGAGGGUGUCCGUGAAAUCAUCCCUGAGCCUGAAAAUGUAGCACUUCCUGUAGACCAAGACUUGGAUUUGCUGCCUGCUCUUCCCGAGAGUGGACCUGCCUCGCCUACAAAGGAACAUGCUUCGCUUGCUACUUCGCCAGUCAUCGAAGCGGUCGUUGAGAAGGAACCGGUUGUUGAAGAAGUGCCUGAGGUUAUCCCUAAACUCCUGCCACUCCCGGUUGAUCAAGACUUGGAUCUCCUUCCGGCGCUGCCUGAAAGUAGUCCGGCUUCGCCUACAAAGGAACACGCUUCGCUUGCUGCUUCGCCAAUUAUUGAAGCGGUCGUUGAGAAGGAACCCUUCGUUGAAGUUGUCCCUGAUUAUCUACCUCUUCCGGACAACGAGGACCUGGAUCUCCUACCUGCUCUUCCGGAGAGUGCUCCCGUCUCGCCUAUUAAGGAGCACGCCUCUCUCGCUCCCUCGCCAAUUACUGAAGUAGUCGUUGAGAAGGAACCCGUCGUUGAAGUUGUCCCUGAACUUCUGCCACUCCCGACCGACCAAGAUCUGGACCUCCUCCCCGCUCUUCCGGAGAGUGCUCCCGUCUCGCCUGCUAAGGAGUUUGCUUUCCCGGUUUCCUCUCCGACCGAGAUUCCUCAGGCUGUUCCUGACGUCGUCCCCGUGGAUAUUUCCAAGACUGUCCCAGAAGUUGUCCCUGAACUUCUGCCACUCCCGACCGACCAAGAUUUGGACCUCCUCCCCGCUCUGCCUGAAAGUGGUCCCAGCUCUCCUGUCCAAGAAGAGUUCGCGGCACCAGUGGCCCAGCCGACGGAUAUUUCAGUCGGCACAGAGGUUGAACAUCCUUCCAAGGACACGGAGGAUGUCUUGUCAAUCACUAUCCCCGAGCCUGAGUCCGUGCCACUUCCAGCUGAGUCCGAUGACGGUCUGUGGGCUUUGCCUUCACUGCCUCAAAGUCGCGCUGGUUCGGGAUAUGCCUCGCCUGUCACUGUUGAUAUCCCAACUGAAGAGGUUUCCUCACCCGUCAAGGCUACCGAAGAAACAUCCGAGCUACCUGUUUCCAUCAACCCUGAGACUGUCCGCCUGCCAUCUGACGACGGUCUUUGGGCCUUGCCUUCCUUGCCUGUAAGCCAUGAGGGAUCGGGAUACGCUUCGCCAGGUGCGGCAAUGCCCACCCUGGGUGUGGAGCCGCCGAUGGAGGAUCUGAAGGAGUACUUCCCUGACCAUUACGAUCAAGAAGUCGUCGACGAAGUCUCGUAUAAGCAGCCCCUCAAGAUUGAGACGGACUUACCGCUUGAUUCCCUGCCUCAACUGCCCGCUGAUGAGGACCUCGACCUUCUGCCUGCCCUACCUGACAGCCGCGGCAGUUCUCCCGAUCUAGCUGUUUCUUUGCCAGUCGAGGAAUACCAGGAGGUGCCACAAGCUGAAGAGUCUGAAAAGCAGCUUGACCUUUCGGAGCUUCCGGCUUUGCCUGUUGAUGAGGAUCUCGAACUUUUGCCAGGGCUUCCGGAGAGUAGGAACGAGUCGCCUGAGCCGCAAGUUGAGACUGUCCCGGCUGUCAUUCCCGAGCAAGCUGAGGAGGAGAAGGAGAAGGAGAAGGAGCAGGAACAGGAUUUGUCCAAGUUGCCACCUCUGCCUGCUGAUGAGGAUCUGGAUGUCUUGCCUGUGUUGCCAGAGAGCAGAAACGAGUCGCCUGAACCUGAGGUCUCUCUACCCGUCAACACUCCUGAGCAGGCCGACCUGUCCAAGCUGCCAGCCCUGCCUGUCGAUGAGGACCUCGACAUCCUCCCUGCGCUCCCUGAAAGCAGAAAUGAUUCUCCUGAGCCACAGCCUUCUUUGCCCAAGGUCAUCUCACCAGAGGUUCUUCCUCUUCCGACUGACGAAGACUUGGAUCUUCUGCCUGAACUGCCGGAAAGCCGGCGUAGCACUCCCGAUCAAGAGACUUCGCUUCCAGUGGCUGUACCUCAAUCCCCCAUCGCCAAGGAAGCUGUUAAGGAUAUCACCGAAGUCCCUGUUGCUGAAGAGGACCUCUCUUAUCUGCCAGCACUUCCCGUUGAUGAAGACCUCGAACUCCUUCCUGCCUUGCCUGACUCUCCUGCAGCUGGCAACUUCCCCGAAGAGGAGGAGACGCAAACUACGUGGCAGCCCGAAGAAUUCACGCAGCCUGCUUGGGAAGAGACACAACCUACUCAGAUGUCUGACAUCAGUGAAGAAGACUUCCCUGUUCCCGCCGCCGUCAAGGGUGACGAGGUGUCUCGAGAUUUGGCCGACCUGCCAGCUCUGCCGGAAAGCAGAAGCGGCACGCCGCUCUCUGACCUGCCAGCACUUCCAGAGAGCAGAUCCAGCAGCCGUUCGGAGGACAUGGAGACGGCUCCCAGUCUCGAGGAUCCCUCGGAACUCCCGCCACUGCCAGAAAGCAGGGAAGAUUCUCCUGAACCAAAGUCCCCGUUGCCUGACCUUGGUGCCCAGCCAGCUAAGGAGUCACUGGCCAAGCAGAUUGCGCCUAGUCAACCGUGGAACGAGAGCGAGACUCAAGACGAACCUCUCCCGGCCUCCAACGAACUCAUUGUAGGCCACGUCCGCCGCGACUCUUCCGAAGCCGCUCACCCAUCCGACAUCUACGAAAAGCCAUCCUCCCACAAUCAGGCCAAGUCCCCCAUGCUUAUCGGCAACAAUGACCCCAACGAAAUUGACUACAAGCUAGCUGAGACCAUCUACGAGGACAUGUGCGACGAGGAUGACGCUUCUACGGUGGCUGCAUCAGACGCUCCCAGUUUCUUGUCCGGCGCCAAUGCGGAACAGAAGGAGCAGAUUGCCAAGGCCCUUGCGGGCGAUUCCGAGGCUACUUCUAGCUUGAGCCCCGAGAGCUCCUUCAGGGUGUUGCAGUAUCUGAAGAAGAGAGAUGCGGCUAUGAAGCAGGGUCAAACGUAUGAGGAGCCCGAGGAGGUUGUGCCAGGCCCGUCGUCGCAGUAUGAGGAUGAAGAGGAGCAAGUUCCACAGGAAAUUGAGGACGCACUGGAGUCUAUCGAAAAGCAGAGCAAGAAGGCCAAAGGAGUUUCGUUCGAAUCUUCGGAUACUCCAACCGAGAAGCGUGACGUUCCUGAAGACGUACCUGCCGAUCACACCACAUCCGACCAAAGCACGCCUCGCCAAGAGCUCAGGAUCGGCAUUCCAGGCCCAAGCUCCAGGGUAGCCAACCUCGAAGCGGUCAACGAUGAGGUCGAGAAUAUUCCUGAUGUCGAAGCCCAAAAAGAUGAACUCUCCAAGACUUCGACCGACAAAGACAAGCACACCGAGUCUCCAUCGAAUCAGGAGUCCAGCGGUGAACCCCAGCCCGCCAAUAUCACUCAAGAAGACUCCAUCCUCGGAGGCGGUCUCGUCGCUGAGCCUGAGCGUCAGCGACCAAUGAGAGUAGCCAGCCCUGAAAACCAGUGGGGCACGCUUGGCGACCUGGACGACUUGGAUGACGAAGAUGACGACGAUGUCAGCGAAUAUUCGCCGGGCGGUACUAAUUUAAAGAGGCACUCGCUGACUAGAUUACCCACAUUCCCUGGUGUCACGGCUUUCUUGGGAAGGAACUUUAGGAGCAAUUCGGCCCCGAGCCCGUCGGAUGUGCCGGUGCAAGACGAGAGGAAUUAUUAUUCGAGUGAUGAGCGGGAGAUGCUUGGGGAGGAGCAGCAGCAGCAGCAGGAGGAAUUAUCAGGGGAUGAGUUGGAGAAGAGGUUGGAGAGGGUGAAGAUGGAGGAGGAGGAGGAGGUUGAGAAGGUUGAGGGUGCUGAUGAGUCGCAGACCGGACCGGAGAAACUGGCGGAAACUGAACCGGAACCUACAUUGGAGGGUGUCAAAGGUGAACCCAGCACAACUGAGAAGAAGGGUAAGAAAAAGAAACAGAAGAAGAAGAGAAACAAGGGGAAGGGCAAAGCCGACGUGGAGCCGGAGGCGCCAUUACCGACAACACAAGCUGACCUGGAAACAACACUAGCACCUGAAACCGAAGAGCCCAAAGAGCUGGAGCUAGAGGCUGAACCCGCAAGCAAGCCAAAGAAGAGUAAGAAGAAAAAGAACAAGAAGAACAAGAGCACUGCUGCUAGCAUGCUCAAGGGACCAACCAUUUCUGACACAGCAAAACCCACAGAUGGACCCGGAGUCGACCGACACAGCACCUGGCCAAUGGUAAAGAGCGACGCCGUACCAAGUGAAAAGAAGACAGCUCCGGGAAGCGAAUCAAAAGUCCCGCCCCCCCAGGGAUCCACGGCCAAUGAAAACACCACCCUCCCCGAAGAAAUACCUCUCCCAAGGAGCCGCGACCUCUCCCCUUGUGCCUCUGAGGAACCAACGGAGACCGCCACCAUUGAGCGCGAACCAGAGCCAGAGAUCCCCGCAACCAAACACGACGAGGCCACCACUGUCGAUGAAAGGCAAACGGCUACAAACGAGUUGGAUGGAAACGGCUCUGUGACACCCACACCCCAGCAGCAUAUCUCUGAUGGCCACCAAGGAAAGCCACAGGGUGAUGCGGAACAAGGCGUCCAAACUGCCCCACCUGAGAGCAGCAACACCACUGAACCUCUGACAAGUGGUGCCGAGCAGCCAAUCAGCCCUCAAGCAGAUACUCCCAUGGACAUGCAACCUGCAGAAGAUCCCGUUCCCGUCGAAGCCGCCUUGGAAGGUUCGACGCAGCAAGGUGAAUCCCAGACCGAUGAUAAGGGCAAGCCUGAGGAGGAGCCAAAGAUAAAGGAGCAACUAGCUACAGUAUCGCCAGAUCUAGUCUCCCCGACAUCAGACACAUUCACGCCUAGAUUGCUGAGACGGUCAUAUCCUAAGAAGGAAAAGGGCAAGGCCGGCAAGAUGUCCAAUCCGGCGUCACCUACCAUGGGCGCAGGCUGGGGCAUUGCCAGCCCUCCCGCUAUGAGCUUGGACAAGGCCCUUGAAGCCGCUGACCCGUUUGCCGAUGGAGAGUUUGAACGGCGCAUGAGAACUGUCAGUGCGAACAGAGAAGCUGAGCGCUCAGCCAAGAUCGCCGAGAAAGAAAAGCUCGAGCGGGCGCUCUUCUUGCAACGCAGGUCUACCUUUGACGUUGGCGAUUCACCGACAUCUUCGCACACCAGUGUUGUUGGCUCAACUCAUUCCUCCGGGGCCGCAGAGACUGGUUCCAAUGCAGAGGAGAGACCGAUUUAUGCGCUCAAGAGGGCCAGUACCGAUAGAGCGGAGAAGAAGAAGAAGCUGGCUGCUGAGAAGAAGAGGAGCAAGAAGUCGGAUUGGCCGGAUGCGUGGCCCGAGGAAUUUGAUGAAGAGGCUACGAUGCCACAGGAGCCUGGACAUCCGAGCAUGUGGCCAGAGUUGCACGGGAGGGACUUGCACGGGAGAGCAUCGCCGAGCCCGAUCAGAGGACGGUCCGGUUAUAGGACGCCGACGCCGCUUGGGCAACACAUCGAGGUGGGCCGCGCAAGUGGACAGACUGGUGAUGAUUCUGCUAACCAUGUUGGUGUUUUACAGGAAUCUGAUCGCAGGUUAUCAGCGGGGGGAAACUCAGUGGGUCCAGACUCAUCACGCUCACGAUACAACAACAUGUCUGAUCCUUUCACUAUCGGCGGUGGACCUAAGGACAUCCCUCCCCCUGAACCCAUCCCUGAGGUGCCCUCGAAGCCCAUUCCUGAUGUUGGCUCCGAUACUGCCACCCCUACCUCGGAGGCCAACAAGGAGCUUGGUGGUACUGUGAGACCUUCUGGCAAGAAGGGCCGCAAGAGAAGAAACUCGUCCCUUGCUAUUGCUACCGACAAGGAAGAGGACGUUGAUGACAACAACUCUGAGGCCGAACAAGGUGACUUGGACACUCAGCCCUCUGGCAGUGCGCCUGGCAAGAAGACCAGAAGGAACAGGAGAGGACGGAAGGGCAAAGACAAAUCCACGCCUUCCUCCCCUUCCGUUGAUACUGAGGGAACCGAGGACCAGGAGGCCUCGGAUGGUGAUGAGGAGCCCUCCUCUUCUGGCAGUUCGCAAGACGCCAAUGCUGGCGCUGCCGGCGAUGCGUCUGGGAAGAAGAGGAAGAAUAGAAAGAAGGGAUCCCAGGCGUCUUCCGGCCUUAUGAGCCCGCCUCUGGAGCCGAACGCUGAGGUUGCCCAGCUCCAUGCUCAGCUGGCUCAGCUUACCGAUCUGGUUCAACAGCUGGUUGUCGAAAAGACCAGAAAUUCUUCGGCGGACCAGGGUCGCAGUAGGCGAAACUCCAGUGUUACUAAGGGUAACCCCAAGAUUCGCAGGACGUCCUCCGGAGGAGGUGGUGGCGACGGCGAGGCUCAUUACGACAGUGACGGCAAUUCCAUCCACGACGAAGACGAAGAGCUCGACGACGACGACGACGACGACGCCGAGACGGGAGCAGCGGACGAGACGACCAAGGCGAAGCGCUUCAUGGGCGUGCCUUACCGACGCGGCAGCAAGUCCAAGUCAGACAAGGGCGAAAAGGGCGACAAGGCCAAAGACAAGCAUCAACAACAAGUAGGCGAAGAUCCAACCUCUGAGCUCGAACAUGCAGUCCUCAAGACUACUCCAAGGGAGGAAGAUGAGCAGACUGGCAACUCCCCCCAAAUUCGUGACGUUACCGCAGCUGACAACGAACGCACUCAACAAGAGCUCUUCGCAAUCGACAACGUCAACGUCAACGUCAUCAAAAAUGAAUCUCGGGAUUCCGAAGCUGGGGUUGAAUUCGCUCUUAGGCAGCAAGUCGUCAUCGAGCGCCAAGGAGAUGAGCACGCAAACGAGCAGUCCGGAGCCGAGCCCGAGGAACAGCUUCAGCAAGGACGGGGAGGAGGACGUUCCGGCCGAGGACAGACCCCCGGACCCAUUCCCGAGACGGAGUUCGAGGACUCGGAGCUGGAGGACGGGGCGACUUCGCCUCCGCCGAAGCCGGGCAUGAUCAAUCGCGCCAUGACGGGCAUGAAGAGUUUGGACAAGCUGGACUUCAGGAAGCCGAGGGCGUCGUCGGUGGGUGGGGAGACGGAUCAUCACAGACCCGCAACGGCGACGGAUGCGGAGACGGAGUCGAUCAAUCAGGAGACUGCGUCGAUCACGCAACCGAAGGGGUCGUCGGCCAUGAUGAAGAGGGCGUUCUCGGGCAUGAUUCCUACCACGUCCAAGCCACGAGCGAGCUUGGAUCAGCAGUCCGAGACCGAGUCGAUUUCCGGAUCCAGCAGGCCGAGCAUGAUGAAGAGAGCCGUGUCGGGAAUGAUCCCGGGAGCGUCGAAGCCACGGUCGAGCAUGGACUCGACGGCAGAGCACUCGGGCGAACGCAAGAUGAGCAUGGGCUCGGCGUUCAAGAACUUCAGCAUGACGGGCAAGUCCCGGGACCAGUCGAGGACACGGGAGCCGACCAGCCGGGGACCGAGCAUCGAUCUGGGCUCGCAGGAGACGGACAGCAUGGAAAUCAGUCCGCACGAGAGUCCAGCGCUGAGACCCGAAGUGUCGCCGGAUCCGCACCCGCAGCCGAAGCCGGGAAUGAUGAAGCGAGCGUUGACGGGCAUGAACCCAGCCGCCUCACAACAACGGCCGGACAUGGCGGAGCGCCGCGAAUCCGAACCGGUUCUGGAGAAGGAGAAGCACAAGACGCUCGACCGGCUGACGUUCGGUAUGAUGUCAAGGUCUCACUCGACAUCAACGGGCAUGGGUACGCAGACUCCGGAUUUGGGGUUCAACAGCGCCGAACAGGACGUGCUGGAGCCGUCGAGACCGGGAUCUGGGUCGGGGUCUGGAUCAAGCUCGAUUCAUCACCACCAUUCGCAGCACUCGUCGGAAAAGAGCAAGACCAACAAGACGAUGAAGAUGCUCGGGCUGGGCGCAUUCACAAAGAAGGACAAGCACCCGGAGUUGGGGGAGACGCCGCCGGAGAUGAGCAGACCGGGUUCGUCCGGGUCGUAUCAGGCAACGGCCACCAGCAAGCCCAGCAGGAUGGAUCGGACGAUCUCCGGGAUGGGCAUGUCCAGGCCCAGGAAGAGUAUAAGCCAAGAGACCCCUCCCCCGGACACGGACUCGAGACCGGGAACUGGAUCGUCAAUGCAGCCACCACAGCAGUCGCAGUUCCCGGUGAGACCGGAUCCCAGCCCGGCGCCCAAGUCGAGAAUGGCCAGCUUCAACAAGGUGAUGACGCUGGGGCUGAUCAAGGACAAGAGCGACAAGACUCCUACGCCCAGCCACCACGAGCCGGACACAGCGACGCAGACGCCCAUGGAAUCGUCGGCGAGCGCGCACUCGAACGGGUCGAGGCCGUCGAGCUGGAACAGCAACCAGUUCCCCGACCAACUGAUGCCAGAGGGGAAGCCGAGCAAGUCGCAGACGAGAAUGGGCAGAGCCAUGUCUGCGCUAAGCAUCCCGUCGGGCAGCAGGACCAGUGUCUCCCAGGAGAGACCGGCAAGCUCACACCCGGAGACAACGACCAGUGCCAACUUGACGGAGCCGACGGACGUGACGGACGCGCACUCGCAUCACAGCCAUCACUCGAAUCAGACGACGACUACCACCACGACGACGACAGACAAGAAGGAAAAGUCAAAGAUGUCCUUCAAGAGCGUGGUCACCCUGGGCAUGGCGAGCAGCCAUCGAUCCUCGAGCAGUCGGAGACACAGCGUCGAGCACUCGUCCCAGACGCAGCCGCCAGCGAUACAACAGCCGCCCGUGAUGCCGAAGCUGGAACUUCCCAGCUUUGGACUGGGCGAUUCCCUACUGGGAUCUCCACCGGGAACAUCAUCGGGUCUGGGGUCGCUCUCCCCGCCAGCGACGUCAUCGGGUGCCCCUCCUCCUCCUCCGCUGGGGGGAUCGGUGUCAGCGCCGGGAACGUCGUACGGGUUCCCGAACGUGGAGACACCGUCGUCAGAGAGACCACCAAAGGAUCCGGAGACGGCGAGUAUGAUGAAUCAGCCCAAACCGGGGAUGUUAGCGAGAACAAAGACGGCGAUGAGUAUAGGGAGUCGCAAGGAUUGGAGGGACGAGUCGGAGACGACGGGGAUGGGAGAGGAGAAGAAGGAGAAGAAGGUGAUGAGCACGAGCGCCAAGGCGAAUUGGAAUCGGGCGCUGAAGGGCACGAAGGGGGUGGUGGGCAUGGGAAUGUUUAUGAAGAAGGACAAGAAGGAGAAGGACAAGGGGGAUGGAGUUGAGGAGGUCACGGUGAGCCCUGAGGAGGUGGAACUACCUGCUUCACCUGAAGUCAAUCCUGAGGAGGAGGUAGAACUGCCAUGCUCUUCUCCCUCGAUUCUUCUUCUCUCUGAUGCUGCUGGGGAACAACUUGACGAAGCCGUUAUCAAGCCAAUUGAGCGGGACUUUGACCAGCAGCUUGAGAAAGACAACUCACUCAACCCUCAAGAGAUUGGACUGCCACCUUCUCCCCCUCCAGCUAUGUCCGAGAUUGAGCCAAUUGAACAUAUCAUCAUCAGUCAGCAAUUCCAAACCGACCCAUCUUCACAUGCAGUCAAUCCUGAAGAUGUCCAGCUGCCCGCCUCUCCUUCACCUUCAGCUGAAGUGGCCGAAAGCGAAAACGAGCCAAUUGAACAGGGCUUCAACCAGCGAUCUCCCAGACACGCAAUGAACCCUGAACAAGAAGUUUGGUCAACCCUAUCAGAUGCCGGGGAUCUCACCGAAUCCGAGCCGGCGGUUGAACAAGCCAAGCAGACAACCGUGGAGCCUCUCUCACCGGCCACCACCACUGCCGACCGCGACCAGGACCAGAACCCUGACAAGUUCAUUGGGCAGCAAUCACACAUCCCACUUUUCACGCCUGAGGCGGCUCAGCACGAGGAACCCGGCGACUUGGUGCUGCCAACUUCUGAGGCGGCGACUACUAACCUUCCCUCGUCUUCUUCCCCACUCCUUCCUUGUCGUUCUUCCCGCUCUUCCAUGUCUGGUGCUUCUGAAGAGCUUCCAUCCGAAACUACCUCUCCUAACCUUGUUUCAACUACUACUGCCGCUACUAUUGCUACAACAACAACAACUAUCGCUGCCACUGCCACUACAAGCUCUGCUGCUGCUGUCAACACCGCGUCGUCCCAGGCUACCGAAGCUAGUACUACUACCGACGAGCAUGCCCCGUCACAACGCGCGGCUGCUCGUUCUUCUUUUUCCUCCUCUUCUUCUUCACUUAGAAUGACCGAGCCUGAAGAAGUGGAGCUUCCUCCAUCUCCCUCAUCACCGGCGCCGCCGCACCAUACUGCGCCCAGGCCUGAGGAGGUGGAGUUGCCGGCUUCGCCUGUUACUACUGUCACUGUCAAUGUCAAUCUCAAUGAGGCUCAUCACCACCACCAAUUUGCUCAAGAUAUCGACGUCGACAACACCAAGCCUAAAGGCGAUCAGCACGUCGAGGAUGAUCCCAAGUCAGACAGCGAACUAAGCCUUGGCCAGCACGCCGACCAACGUGGCCAACACCCUAUUUCCGAGAUCAGACCCACAGAUAUCCGACUGCCGCUCUCACCGAAGGUUACCCCUGAAGGUGUGGUGGAGCUUCCCGCCUCCCCUGAUUCAGAAUCCACACCUAUCAUCAUCGACGAACAGCUUCAGCUUCAGCCGCUGCAUUCUUCUCAUGGUGACGACGAACAACAACUUUCUUCUCAAUCACCACCACCCAAGGUCACCACCACUGCCGAUACUCAUGCGCAACCGUCAUCAUCCUUGGAGUCCCCUGCUGUUCUAAUGGCCGUCCCAAGCUCCCUGGACAUGCCACCACCACCCGAGGAUAUUGAACUGCCGCCCUCACCUACUGAUGGGGUGGAGCAUCGAGAGGAGAAACCAAUCGUCGCCGAGAUUCAUGAGCGUGUCAAGUCACCUGUUAGCGGUCAUCAAGAUGUAGAGAUCCCGACUUCUCGUGAGCAUUCGCCUGCUCAUUCGCCCGCGGUUGAAGUUUCUAAGUCCGAGGUUCCGACUGCUGCUGCUGAGCCUGAGGUUUCUGAAGUGGAGGAUCUUGCGUCGCAGUCGAAGCAGAAGACGUUGGCUGAAGAGUUGGAGGAGUUCGAUGGGUCUGGGUCUCCUUCUCCCGAAGUUGAUAACCGAGAUGCGGAGCUUGUAUCUUUUACUGGACUUACCAAGGAUGCUGAACUCUCAUCUGCACACUCAUCGCCCAUGGAUGCACCUACGGAUGUAGAGCUCCCAGCCUCACCUUCUCCCAAGCCUGAGACCGACGACCAAGACAAGGACCUUCCAAUCACCACCGAGUCCCACGAAGCCAUCGCCAAUGUUACAAUCCCAACUUGGACUUCGCCCACGGUCUCGCCCAAGGUCAAGCCAGAAAACAUCGAGCUUCCGCCUUCUCCACAGCGCCCUCAGCUCUUGCCUUCACCUAAUAUCGUACCCGGCUAUCAAUUCUCGCCUGAGCCUAUCUCUGACGAUGAGCGACUACCGCUUUCGCCCGAUGAUGAGUUUGAGGAUGAUGAUGACGAUGAUGGGUCGCCAGUUGAUGUCGAGCAAUAUGAGCGGAGCUUUAGUGAUGAUCCCCAGGAGGAGGGGUUCGCGUCUUCGCCUGAUGAGGCAACAGUUGAUCAUGUUGAAGUCCAGCAUUCUCCUCCUUCCCAAGGUUCACCCGCAUUCGCGUCGUCGUCGCCAAGAAUUUCACCGGCGCAAGUGGAACUCCCCGCCUCUCCUGUUGAGUCGCCCAAUUUCGCUCCUGCUUCAUCGUCCCCUUCGCCAAAGAGCACACCGGAGGACGCGGUGCUUUCGCCUGCGCUUGAAGCGGCAAUGGAGUUCACGCCUUCGUCGCCUGUGGAGCGCUCGGUUCCUUCGACUAAGGAUACCACAAUGUUUGAGGAAAGGGGUGUUUCGUCUGCAUCUGCAUCUGCACCUGCACCUGCGCCUGAGGAGGAAAAUGUUCAAUUUGCGCCUGCGCCGUCGUCCGAAGUACAACACCCAGCUUCGCCCAAGAUUUCAUCCGAAGAUGUGGGAUUGCCAAAGUCACUCUUGCCUGAGGCCGAACACGAAGAGAUGGAGCUUCCGAUUACUGCCGCUGCUGCUCAAUUGCCUGAAGAUGUUGAGCUGCCGAUGUCGCCUGCCGAGACUGAGCCCAAAAUCCACGAACUGCCAAUUACGAAAGAGAUUCCUACUGCACACGAGCUCCCGACUUCCACUUUGCCAAAGAUCUCGCCUGAGGAGGUGGAGCUGCCAAUGUCGCCUGAGGUUGAAGUCCCGACUCCCGCGCACGAAGUCAUCCAGAGUCUCGGCGAUCAAUCUGACAACAUUCACAAAGUUUCAUCUUCGCCCAAAAUCGCGCCUGCGGACAUCGAACUCCCCACCUCUCCCGAAAACAACGUCCUAGACUCACCCAAGACACUGCUGCCUGGAGAUUCUAGUUUGCCCGAGUCGCAUUUAACCGAGGCGCAAGUUGAAAAAGAUAUGGAUCUUUCAACAGCCGCUGAGCAGGAUGACCAAAUCGUCGACGAACAAUCUGAUAAUGAUCUCGAAGUAUCUACUUCGCACAAGAUCGUUCCUGAGGAGGUUGAACUGCCUCGCUCGCCUUCUUCGCCUGUGCCUGUGGAGGGCUUGGAUGUCAAUGAGAUUCAGCACUUGCAUUCGAGUCAGAUUAUCCCGCCGCAUGUUCAGCGUGCGGAUUCGACCUGGGGUGAGGCUGAGCUUGAGGUUGAACUUCCUUCCUCACCUUUGACUGAGAUUGCACACAAGGAGGAUGAGCUUCCUGCUUCUCCUGUGAAGGAGGCCGCGACUGAGGAGGUUGAGGUUCCUGCUUCCCCUGUGAAGGAGGCCGCUUCUAAGGAUAUUGAGGUCCAAAAAUCGCCAUCGCCCGCGGCUGAGUUGGAUGUCACUGAGAUUCAGCACUUGCAUUCAAGCCAGAUUAUUCCUCCGCAUGUUCAGCGUGCGGUAUCCCCUGCAGUAAUUCAUGAAGAGGUGCAAUCCCCGACUUUGCCUGAUGUUGUACCUGAAGAAGUCGAGCUUCCUGCUUCUCCUGUGAAAGAGGCUGCGCUAGAGGAUAUCGAGGCACUAAGAUCGCCAUCGCCCGCGGCUGAGUUGGAUGUCACUGAGAUUCAGCAUUUGCACUCGAGUCAAAUUCUCCCUCCGCAUAUUGAGCGUGCUGUUUCGUCUAAUACUGUUCCUGAGGACGUCAAGGCUCCUGCCUCACCUUCGGCUGAAACUGCACCCAAGGAGGAUGUGCUUCCGCGCUCACCCUCGCCUGGCGCUGAACUGGACGUUACUGAGAUUCAGCACUUGCACUCGAGUCAGAUCCUUCCUCCACACAUUCAGCGUGCGGAUUCGACCUGGGGUGAGGUUGAGCCUGAGGAGGUUGAGCUUCCAAAGCCGCCUGUGGAGGAGAUCGUACACGAAGAGGUUCAUGUGCCGGCUUCGUUCAAGGUUGUUUCUGGUGAGGUUGAGAAUCCAGCUUCAAGUCCAUCUUCGCCCAAGAUCGCAGCCGAAGAGAUGGACAUUCCGCGCUCACCUUCGCCUGUGGAUAACCUGGAUGUUACCGAGCUUCAACAUCAGCAUUCAACUCAGAUCAUUCCACCCCACACUCAACGCUCCGUGUUGCCUACAGCCCAAACCCAGGCCGUUCCCGAAGAGAUUCAGCUUCCUGCUUCGCCAUUGGAACAGUUCACGCCUGAGGAGGUUGAACUGCCACGUUCAUCUUCACCAGUGGAGGCGAAAUUGGAUAUCGUCGAGAUGCAGCAUGAACACUCGGCUCAGAUCCUUCCCCUGUACGUUCAGCGUGCUGAUUCAACUUGGGGUGAGGUUGAUCCUGAGGACGUUGAUCUUCCGACUGGGCCUCUAAAAGAGAUUAUGCCCGCGGAGGCUGAGCUCCCGGGAUCGCCAUCGCCUGUCGAAGAUGAAUUGGAUGGCGCCAAGCUUCAAGCCGCUCACGAAGAAGUUGAGCUCCAAGCUUCUGAGCCUACCUCGCCCAAGAUCACACCGGAAGAAAUUGAGGUUCCACGCUCGCCGUCGCCUUUCGAUGAGUCCAAGAUCACUGAGCUUCAGCAUCUGCAUUCGGCCCAGAUCAUUCCCAGGAAUAUCCACUAUGCGACUUCCUCUUCCGGCUCGCCAAAGAUCAUUCCAGAGGAAGUUGAACUGCCUGCUUCGCCUGUGGAGGAAGUGGACGUUGAUGAACUUCAGCGAUUCCACUCUAGCCAGAUCAUUUCUCCGCAUAUUGAGCGCUCCGCUUCGCCAACUAUUGAGGAGGUUGUUCCUGAGGAGGUUGAACUUCCAGUUUCGCCUGUGGAACAAGUGGACAUUGAGCAGCUGCAACAUUUGCACUCGCGCCAGAUCAUUCCUCCGCAUAUUCAGCAUCCCGCCUCGCCUUCUCCUAACGCUGAACUUCUGGCCUCACCCAAGGUUACUCCUGAAGAGGUAGAACUCCCGGCUUCGCCUGAACUUGUCCCUCAAGAUAUCGAGCUUCCAGCUUCGCCAAUCGACGAGGCUGAACAAGCUGAACUUCCCAUUCUUACUAAAGAAUCCGAGGCCAGCGUUGAUCAACAAAUCGAUGACUUGGAGGAGGAGGAGGAUGCUAGGAGUGCCGCUCUUGAACUCCCAUCCUCUCCUGAAGUCAAGCAUGAAGUUCAGCCUGAAGAGAUGGAAUUGCCUCUUUCGCCUGUUUUGAAGCCUGAGGAGGUUGAUCUUCCUGCUUCUCCUGAGGUUGUUCCUGAAGAAGUCGAACUGCCGGUUUCCCCGGUGGAUGAUUUGGCUGAUGUGCAGCACCUUCCUCAACCCGACGAUGUGCCAGAGGAAGCUGUUCAGGAGAAUGUCAAUCUUGAGAUUCCGUCUUCACCUGUAAUUGCACCCGAAGAAGUCGAACUCCCACUUUCUCCCAAGACAGCCCCUGAAGAGGUAGAUGUUCCCGCUUCUCCUGUGGUUGAGGUCGAAGAACAGCCUGCAACCGUCUCUGAGCCGUCUGAACGGAGCAUCAAUCUUGAAGCCGACAUUGCCCCACAAGAAGAGAUCGAGCCCCCGUUCUCUCCUGUCGCAAAGCCCGAGGAUAUCCAGCUUCCUGCCUCCCCUGAAGUCAUCCCUGAAGAUGUGGAACUGCCCCUUUCUCCUAUCGUUGAGUUGGAACAUCAGCUUCCCAUUGAGCCUGUCAAUUUUGAGCUCCCAUCUUCGCCCAAGCUUAAGCCCGAGGACCUUGAGCUACCUUCUUCGCCUGAGAUCAUUCCUGAAGACGUAGAGCUUCCCGCUUCUCCCGUGGUUGAGUUGGCAGAUGAACAGCUGCCAGUCGAGCCUGAGCAAUCUGCGCAGGCCAUUGAAGUUUCCGAAGAGGAUACCAAACUCCCGUCUACGCCAAUCGUCAAGCCUGAGGACUUGGAACUUCCUGCUUCUCCUGAGGUGCUGGCUCAAGAUGUGGAACUUCCGCCUUCGCCUGUCACCUUAUCCGAAGAUGUGGAACUUCCGCCUUCUCCGAUGGUUGACUUGGAACAUGAGCAGCUCUCAGUUGAGCCUGUCGAUCUUUCCGACGUUCAAGAGCAGCAAGUCGAAGAGCAACUUGACAAGCACACUGCACCCGAAAGUUCGCCCGUCCUUCUACCUAAAGAAGUGGAGCUUCCGACUUCCCCUGCGACGAAAUCCGAGCAAGAACCGAUUGAACCUGUCCGACAGAGCUUCGACUCGGACCUCUACUACGAUGCUGUUGACAGCAAGGGCAAACAACCCGCAACCGAUGCUGAGGAACUAACACAACAGGGCGAUGCCGCAAAGACCGAUUCGGCACAGAAAUGGGAAAUGGUCGACAAUGUCGACGAUGUUGAUGAUCUUGAUUCUAUUGACGGUGCCGAUUCAGAGAUUUCGGAAAACGGCCUACUCACCGAGGCCCCAACAAGUAAGCAACCGAACCAACCAAAACCAACCCGAAAACGGGAAGAAGUGGCUGCUGCGAUCGAGCGAUCGGAAGAUGAUGCCCCCAUCAUACCUCGAGACCCUUCAAGUACUACUACUACUACUGGCGACGGACAUCAUGCUGACAUUCUCAGCCGCGAAGCAGAAGACAAUGUGGACCUUCGUCGGUCAGCUGGUGGGUCGCCAGUUCCAACUUCCACGUCGAUAGCAGCAGCCACCGCCGCAGCAGGAGCAGCAGCACUCGCUGCGGCCACCGUGAAUGAGCUCCUUACAACAACAACCAAAAACGAUGAACCGGAACUGAGCGAGACCGUUGAGGUCCACCCCGCCGUCAAGGGUGCCAUCAAUAGAGGCUUCGAUGAGUACGAUUAUGCUACUGCCCUAUCUCCCACCACGGUCGGCCUCGGUCUCAUUGAGGACGCCCCCAUGGAUCUUUACCCUACGGAUGGGCCCUCUCCCAAGCUUCUCUCCGCUUCCACCUUUCCUCUCGAGGAAGCUGGAGACGAUGACGGCGAUUACUUCAAUAACGUCGAGUUGCCCGAGGGUGCUAUUUUCGAAGAACUUCCUUCCGAGGCGGAGGAGCCUGCUCACGAGCACGCCAGCCACUUCACUCAUGACCCGCCCUCCGAGCCCGAGGAGCAUGAGGUCAAGAAACCGAGGGAAUCAAUCGAAGAAACGCAAGGGUUUGAGACCCUGUUCGCUCCUCGCACGCCCAUGCCAUACGCCUCAACAAGGGAGACACUAGUCAAAGAAUCUCCCAAGCCCACUACCCCGUCUCCGUCCGCCGAACAGACACGCCAACCCCCCAAGCAGGCAGAGCCAGUCAGACACAAGCGCAUCAGGUCCACCGAGCCAGCACGUCUCAGCAACGAAGCCCUCGCAGCAUCCCUCUCACCACGCGCCAAAUCCUCAUCAGUUAGAAACUCGUGGCCCGCUUUUACUACCACUGGAAAAGCCAAAGCGCUCGCCGCUUCCUUCCUCGAGUCUUCCUCCGUCAACCGUGGCUCUUCCCCUGUUACGCCUCGCUUCCCGCCAUCGGCAUCAUCCAUGCACCAGCAGCAACCGCCAGUCUCAGUUCUGCUCAAAGAACAAACCCAGCGCCAGUCGCGCGAACUCGCAGCCAAUUAUCUCGAGACGUUCGCAGACGACCGUAAAGUCCGAUCCAAAUCCAGACCGCGUCAGCCAUCUUUUUUUGGUGGACAUACGGCACCCAACGCCGCCAAUAGGGUGGUGCCGGUGCCAGUUGAUUUGGAUUCGUUGGGAGAGACUAUCGUUCCUGAAAAAGAAGAGCCGGCUCGGCCUCCGUCUGUCAGCUCGGUAGACUCUAUGGGGUCGCCCACGACGACGCAUGGACAAGCACAGGACCAGUCUAUGGCUUUAGAGAUGGCUGUUUCGUAUCUGGACGAUGAAGGAGAGGACGUCGGUGCUGUUCCGAUGGUGGUUACACCUGGCGUGGAAAUGGAAAUUACGCCUAGCCCGGAGAGUUCACCUGGGUUGCAGCCGGAAGAGGAGGAAAUAACAAGGGAGCGCGAGGCCGAGGUAAAGGUUGCGCAAGAGCCGGAGCCGGAGCCUGAACCUGAAUCUGAGCCGGCAGCAGAAGAUGAUGAACAUGAUGCUUCUCCCGAGUGGGGACGAGGGAUGUCUCUGCCUAGUGUGGAAAUCCAGCCCGCUACUCCUAGGGCUGUACCCGAAGAGGAAGAGGAAGAGGUUGAGUCUUUGUUUGACAUUCCUGUGCAGCAUGCGCAUGCGCCGCAUGAGGUUGAGACUCUGUCGACGGUGAUGGAAGAGUCGGAGCCUACUGAUGAGGAGGAGGAACCCACGUCAGCACUGGCGCAUACACAUGAGGCGCCUGUUGUUGACAAGUCUGAACAUGAUGAGCGUCCCCUUUCACCUGAACAACUCCCCGAGGAAUAUCACGACACUCCGUCGGUUGAGAUUGACGUUGAUGAGCUCCAGCGGUUGCAUUCACGACAAGUCAUCCCGCCUAACCUACAACGUCAAGUUCCAUCAUCGCCCAAGAUUGCACCUGAAGAAAUUGAGCUCCCUUCCUCGCCUGAACUCCACGAGACAUCUCGAGAUACUCCAGCGGAUAUCGAUACUGCUGAGCUUCAGCAUUCAGGACAAAUCCUUCCGCCCAACCUACAACGUUAUAUUGCUGAGCUCCAGCGGUUGUAUCCGAGCCAGAUCGUUCCGCCCGACCUACAACGUCAAGUCCCGUCAUCGCCUGAAGUCAAGCUUGAAGAGGUUGAACUCCCUUCCUCGCCUGAACUCCACGAGGCAUCGCAAGAUACUCCAGGCGAUAUUCACAUCACUGAGCUCCAGCAAUUACACUCAAGGCAAAUCAUUCCGCCCAAAUUACAGCAUCCGGCAUCAUCCCCUCCCCAAAUCAAGCCCGAAGAGGUGGAACUCCCAGCUUCGCCUGCACUUCGCGAGGAAUUUCAAGAUACUCCAGCCGAUAUCAACAUCACUGAGCUUCAGCAGUUGCAUUCAAGACAAAUCCUUCCGCCCAACCUACAUCGUCAUAUUGCUGAGCUUCAGCGGUUACAUUCAAGACAAAUCCUUCCGCCUAACCUAGAACGUCAUAUUGCUGAGCUCCAACGGUUGCAUUCAGGACAAAUCGUUCCGCCUAACCUACAACGUCAGGCCUCACCCUCGCCUCCUCCCCAAGUAAAGCCCGAAGAGGUUGAGCUCCCUUCCUCGCCUAAAAUCCCCGAGGAACCUCAAGAUACUCCAGCGGAUAUCAACGUUGUUGAGCUCCAGCAAUUGCAUUCAGGACAAAUCCUUCCGCCUAACCUACAACGUUAUAUCGCUGAGCUCCAGCAGUUACACUCAAGACAGAUUCUCCCGCCCAGUCCACAGCGCCAGGCCUCACCCUUGCCUCCUCCCCAAAUCAAGCCCGAAGAGGUUGAACUCCCUUCCUCGCCUACCCUGAAGCCGGAGGAUGUCGAGCUUCCUAGUUCCCCGGUGGAGGAAACAAUCCCUGUUGUCGCUACGGGCUUGGUUGCCGCUGGACUUGCGCUUGUUUCUGAGGUUUCGAAGGACAACAGAGAUCAUUCUGUUGAGGAGGAGGAGGAGGAGGAGAACGAUUCCGCACCUGCUCCUCUACAACCAGUCGAAGAUCACAACAGCAGACAUGUGAAUGACGAGUUCGAGGACUUUUACCGUCCUGCCACGCCAAAGGUGUACCCUGAGGAGAUUGAACUCCCUGCUUCUCCUGAGAUCAUCAAGCCCCAGGAUAUCGAGUUGCCUGUCUCGCCUCGGGUUUUGACGGGGGAGGUUGAGUUGCCUGCUUGGCCUCUCAAUGAACCCGAAGACGUGCAAGUUGUCUCUGAUUCUAAGUCCGAGGCGGAUGAGCAAGAUAUGACGACGCCGAUUGUUGAAUCUCAUGUUGCAAAGCCCGAGGAGAUUGAACUACCUUCAUCUCCUGCAAUAGUACCUGAGGACAUCGAUCUUCCUUCUUCACCUCGGAUGGUUCCUGAGGAGGUUGAGCUUCUUUCUUCGCCUGCCAACGAACUCGAAGAUGCCGAGCUCUCCUCAGACUCUGACUCCGAGGCGGACGAAGACAGUACGCCAGUUGUUGAAGCUCAUGCCACGAAGCCCGAGGAGGUUGAACUUCCUUCAUCUCCUGCCAUUGAAGCCAGGAAUUUUCAGCUUCCAUCUUCUUCUGUCGAACCUGAAAAUGCAGAGCUCGCCUCUGACUCUGACUCCGAGUCAGACGAGGAUAGUACGCCAAUUGUUGAAGCUCAUGUCACAAAGCCUGAGGAGGCUGAACUGCCUUUUUCACCUCAACUCGUACCUGAGCACAUUGAGCUUCCGUCUUCGCCUGUCAAUGAACCCGAGGAUGCCGGGUUCGCCUCUGACUCUGACUCUAGCUCCGAGGCAGAUGCCACAAAGCUCGAGGAAAUCAAACUACCAUCAUCUCCCGCAAUGGUACCUGAGGAAAUCGAACUUCCUGCUUCCCCUACCGUGCAACCCGAACAAAUCGAAGUCCCCUCUACACCCGAGCCUGAACAUGAGCAUGAGUUCCACUCUGAGCCUGAGCAAGAGACGACAAUCGACCCUCUACUCGACUCGGAAGCGGAAUAUGAAGACGAAGAAGACGAUGACUACGACCCGCUAGCCGACCUCCUCCCGUCUCCGGAUAUGAGCCCAGCACAACACCAUGAGCGCUACGAGCGGGAACUUCCGCAUCCGCAUCCACUCAUGAUGCACCCCGUCGACUACUCAGCCCCGCAACAACACGGGUAUGAAGAAUCCGAGGAGGUUCAUACUCCAGUGUAUACUGAACCAGUCGAGUUUUGGCAUUCGCCCGAGUUGAGGUACCAUUGCUCACCGGAGCUCAGGUCAGCGGAUCAUCAAGAGUUUGCGUCUUUCCCUGAGGUCAAUCCCGAGGAUGUGCAGCUGCCUGCAUCGCCUGAUUAUGGUGCGGAAGAGGAGGAAGAAGAAGAGGAUGGUGGAUUGUCUCGUGACGCCCCAGCAGACGACGACGAAUGGGAGAGCGAAAGCGGAAGCGAAAGUGAGAAUUAUGAUCGUGAUGAUGAACAUCAAGUUCACCAAGCACAAAGCGUCGCAAUUGUGGCCGGCACCGUUGCCGUGCUUGGCGGCGCUGCGCUCGUCGCGAAUAGUUUGAAGAAAGAAGAGAGAGCGGAGGAACAGAUUGAUAGUGAAAAUGAUGAAGAGCGUGAGGAGACAGAAAGUGAGGAUGAUGAAGAGAAGGAUAGAAGUGAGGAUGAGGAUGACCAAGUCAAACCUGUCACGAUCACGCGGAGUGAUGACAAGCGAGGAGACAGUGAGGAUGAAGAAUCGGACGGAGAGCCUGGUGAGAGGGAUGGACGGUCUGGAGACGACCUUGAAGAUGAAGAAGCAGGUGAAGAGGACGUAGAGGAUGUCCAUGGUGGGGACAACGAGGGUCUUCCCGAACCAAGUCUCAACCGCCAAGAUUCCGAGACCGUUCCCAAGGCCAUCAGAGAAGGAGCGCCGAUGCCGUGGGCAAUGAAGAGCAAUCGUCGGGAAGAUUCCAGCUCGCCUCCCGUGGUUGAGCAACGCAGGUUUUCAUUCCCUGAUGACAUUGCGGAAGAGGAAGCAUUUACCGUCAGUCGCUCGAACACGGCGAUUGAAGGCGGUGGUGACACGAAUCAUGGGGAAGGUCCGGCAGGCAGUCACGCGACAUCGGAUCAAAGUCAUCAACAUCAACAAACGCCCAGCGCGCCCAUGUCCACCAUCUCAGACUAUGCGCAUUCUUACAACAGUCUACCGACAUUGCAAGAGGAAGACUGGGCAACGGAUGACGACAGGAACAGGCACGACAAGGACGGCGAUUCACCCGUCAACAAAGCCAAUAUCACGGGACUUUUCAGAUACGGGACUCCCAUCAUGGAUCCCAACCGCGAUAGCGUUCUUACCGUGGCGGCCCGGGGCUCACCGCAGAUGUCCCGGUACGCGGUGUUCAACGAGCAGUAUCACCAACAGCAACUUGAACGACAAGCUCAAAUCCAGGAGGAGGAUCUGAGAGAGAGAGGGGUUGAUCUACGGGAUUUUGCCAAUAGCCCAUCUGCCGGCAGUGAUCGGACCGAGACUGGCCCUUCGUCUCCUCAGAGAACUACUGAGACUCCCAAGGUGCAGGAACCAGUGCCUGAGAGUUCCGAGGACAAUGUGGAAGUCGUCAAGGAGCAGCAUUCUAGCGAGAAGGCAAGGAAAGAAACACCGCAAGACAAGCCUGAGCAGCACAUUCCCAAAACCUUGCCAGGCCUGGGAGUGGCGCUGAGGCCAACAGGCGCUUUGCGGAGCGUCUCGGACAUCAGCAAGCAGCUGCAAUCAGCACUCACAGGCCAAUCACCAUCACCGGUUGCCCGGCCAAUCCCUUCGAAUACUGGUGUUGCACGACUGCGCACUCCCGAACCACUGAGUGCCACCAACAAUAACAACAACCUCAGCUUGCGGCCUGACAGUCCAGGCAGCAGCAGCAUCAGCAUCAGCAGCACCAGCCGGUCUCACACAAGCACUCCCCCGCUCAGGCGGAUGGACAAGCGAGCCACUGGCAAUCUGCGCUCCCUCUCCUCUGGCAGCCAACAGGAUGCCGCCGCCAAGUCGGCAUUCCUUGGUACACUUGCAGAAGGCGAGGGAGGAGCCCCGGCCGAUGCUGAAGGGCCAGGUUCCAGAAGCAGCAUUGGCCCUGUCAGCCCAACAACCCCCUCGCGUGCUCAACCCCCCCGGCCUCGCAGUGACACAUCGGGAUCGUCGCCGACAGCUGCCCCUGCUGCUGCCCCCCACCAAAGCCAGGCCCCAGCCACCCCUAGUCCUCCCCGGCCCAACACUAGCAGGGCCACCAGCGCUAACAGCGUAAUCCCUGGUGCAGCUGCCCCUGCCCUGGCAUUGGGCACCAGCCCUGUUGCCCAUGGUGGUGACGACAACACCAACAACAACAACCUCGUCGACAAGGACAAGAGCAAAGACAAGCAGCAGCAGCAGCAGCAGCACAAACAAGCCGUGGCAACGCCCCGGGCUCUUUCUGUCACAUCUGCCACGCCCGUCGCCAAUGAAGGCCGCACCCGAUCUAAGGGGUCAAUGGAUGUGCCCGACGUUUAUGAUGGCUUAGGCGAAGGUCGCCUGGGAUCCCCGCGAUCACCUGCCCGCCCGCCCAGCUUGCGCAAACGACACAGUGCCCAGCUCAUUGACCUGGAAGCCAGACUUGCCCAGUUGAUGGCCGAGAAUGCCGCGCUGCAAAAAGCCAAAAACGACGCCGAAGCCGAAUUGUCCCAACGCAAUGCCGACCUGGCCAGCAUCCUUGCCGACAAAAAUGUCGAGAUUGAGAACCUCCAGCGGGAAAUCCAAGAAACCCAGGAAACCUGCAACCGACUCGAGGAGACAUAUGAGGGUCUGAAGACUUCCACCUCGGCCAUCGCUGUCAAGCACAACGAGACGGUGCGCGCUCUCGAAGAACAAGUCAGGAAAGCCGCCGAGGAACUCGCCGCCGCUCAAGGCAAUCACGAACAGGAAUACACCAAGGCCAUUGCAGAGAAGGAUGCCCAGAUCGCCCACCUCCGCGCCCAAUUGAACGCCCAAACCGCCCAGAUCCGCGAGCUGCAGGAGCAAAUUGAAAGCCAACAAAUUGCUCGGUCACCGGAACCCACCGCAACAGACGACUUCCUCGACCUUCACGACGUCGACUACUUCGACCAGCGCCUCUCUCAGCUCUGCGCCCACGUCCAGCAAUGGGUCCUCCGCUUUUCCAAGUUCAGCGACAUGCGCCACUGCCGACUGACCUCGGAGAUCAACGAUGAGAAACUCAUCGACCGGCUCGACAACGCCGUCCUCGACGGCUCCGACGUCGACGUCUACCUGGCUGAUCGCGUGCGCCGCCGCGACGUCCUCAUGUCCAUGACCAUGACCAUGAUCUACGAAUUCGUCUUCACCCGCUUCUUGUUCGGUAUGGACCGCGACCAGCGCCAGCGCCUCAAGUACCUCGAGAAACAACUGUCGGAAACUGGCCCCGUGCACGCCGUCCGCCAAUGGCGCGCCGUCACUUUGACUCUGCUCAGCCAACGAAGGAAUUACAAAGCGCAGCGUGAUCGCGACACGGAAGCAGUCGUCCAAGCUAUUCUCGACGCAUUGGAUAAGAUCCUGCCGCCUCCUUCGGACAAGGAAAAAGUCAUUCUGGACCAACUGCGCCGUGUGGUGCGGGAAGCAGUCAAGCUCUCCAUUGAAAUGCGAACCCAGCGCGCAGAGUAUAUCAUGUUGCCUCCUUUACAGCCAGAGUACGACGAGAGCGGAGAGUUGGUUGAGACGGUCAGCUUCAAUGCCGCGCUGAUGAAUGAAAGGAGUGGGGAUGUGGAUGUUCCCAGCGCAGAAGAGCUGGAGAGGCAGAGGGCCACGGUCCGAGUCGUGUUGUUUCCGCUGGUGAUUAGGAAGGGGGAUGAUUGGGGGAGGGGGGAUGACGAGGUGGUGGUUUGUCCGGCGCAGGUGUUGGUGCAGAGACCGAGGAAGCAGAGGAGUGCUGCUGGUGGGAGGGUUGUUAGUGGUCAGAAGGCGCGGGAGCCGGUGGCGCAGGGGAUGAAGGGGGGAGAUGAGAUGAUGGGUGGGAUGGGGAGUCAGGUUUGAUUGUCUGAUGGAUGGUGGAUUGAAGCACGGAUGGAAGGCAUGUAACAUGGAAAAUGGAAAAUAAGCACAAUGAUGGAGGAGGAGGAAAGGAAAGGGAAGGGAAGGAGAGAUAGACAGGAAGAAAAGAAGGAAGCAAGGAAGGAAAACAUGACGAUGAGAUGACCUAAAAAGAAUCUUCCGACUUACUUGGUAAUUUCAUGUCUUGUCGUUACUGUUUGGUCUUGCGUUGUUUUAUUGUUUUCAGUUAUUAGUUAGUUACUCGGUCGAUGGUCGUCGGAGUUGGCAGGCGCAAAUUUGAAUUUGUUUUGCUCUGCUUUGCUUUGCUUUUGUCUUGAAUUCAGUUAUGAUUUGUCGCUGUUCAUCUCUCCAGUUUUCGAUUUUGGGUCUUCGCUUUUGUUUCGGUGACCGGAUAAUAGAUAAAUAUAUGAAUCGAUUUGAUAAUGAACCUGUUUCAGCUGUU